UAUAAGAUCGAUAUCACGGUCUCGACGGUGAACGCGACCACAGAAGAGGGCGCACACAAACUGAUAGACGAGGCGUCGGGCAUCGCUCCGGUGGGCGGUGUCUUCAAUCUGGCGAUGGUCUUGAAGGACGCGCUCAUCGAGAAUCAAACGGAGCAGACAUUCCGUGAGGUCUGUCAACCGAAACUCAAUGGACUCAAACACUUGGACGCCGCCACUCGGCUCAAGUGUCCGCAACUGGACUUCUUCGUCGCCUUCUCGUCGCUGACGGCCGGCCGCGGAAACGGCGGUCAAUCCAACUAUGGAUUCGCUAAUUCAGCGAUGGAGAGGAUCUGCGAAAGGCGUCGAGCGGACGGUCUGCCCGGUCUGGCCAUUCAAUGGGGUCCCAUCGGUGACGUCGGUAUUGUUGCCGAACAGCUGUUGGUCACCGACGACAAGGCGGACGCCAUGAAACUGUUCGCUGGCAUUCAUUUGCAGCGAAUCUCUUCGUGUUUGGAUGUUUUGGAUCGAUUCCUUCAGAGCCCGAACGCCGUCCUGUCCUCUAUAGUGAAGGCCGACAGUCAGGGCUCCGGCAGUAAGAAUGAAGACGAGGUGUUGAGCCAACUCUGCAGUCAUUUGGGUAUCGAUUCGCGGCCCGAAGACUCCACUUUGGGUGACGUGGGUUUGGACUCAAUGAUGGCCGUAGAGAUACAGCAACGGCUCGAAAGGGAUUACGAAAUCCAUUUGGCGCUCACAGACAUCAAGAAGAUUACGGUCGGAGAGCUGAAGGAGUUCCGCGACGGCAGCAAAGAUGGCCUCAAACAGUACUCCACAGACAUUAAGAACGUGCGCCAGAACUUGGCUACCGUUCGCUUCGAUAUGCCCUCUGAGCCCACCUCUCGUCUCAACGAUGUCGGCUCAGAGCUGAAGGAGUUCCGCGACGGCAGCAAAGAUGGCCUCAAACAGUACUCCACAGACAUUAAGAACGUGCGCCAGAACUUGGCUACCGUUCGCUUCGAUAUGCCCUCUGAGCCCACCUCUCGUCUCAACGAUGUCGGCUCAGGAAAACCGGUGUUUUUCUUGCCUCCCAUUGAAGGCAUAUUCGAGACGCUGAAAGAUUUGGCCCGAAAUCUGAACCGACCGGUGAUUGCACUGAAUUGGAUAAAAACAAUGCAAGAGCUGAAGGACAUCAAAAAAGUGAGUGACUUUUACAAAGAGCGACUCAAACAGAUGAUGCCUGAAGGCAACUAUGACAUCGUUGGCCACUCGUUCGGCGCCAUCGUCGGCAUCCAUAUGUGCCGCAAACACGUGCCAAUCAAAACGCUCCUCAUUCUGGACCCGUCGGACGCCGGCGUCAAAGACGACUGGAGUGCCGACGAGAGGUUUGAGAUGGUGUUCGUCUAUUUGCGCGCUUUUAUGCCCGAAAGGAUCCUUUUGCGCAUUCAGAUCGGCAGCAAAGAUGGCCUCAAACAGUACUCCACAGACAUUAAGAACGUGCGCCAGAACUUGGCUACCGUUCGCUUCGAUAUGCCCUCUGAGCCCACCUCUCGUCUCAACGAUGUCGGCUCAGGAAAACCGAUCUUUUUCUUGCCUCCGAUUGAAGGCAUAUUCGAAACGCUGAAAGAUUUGGCCCGAAAUCUGAACCGACCGGUGAUUGCACUGAAUUGGAUGAAAACAAUGCAAGAGCUGAAGGACAUCAAAAAAGUGAGCGACUUUUACAAAGAGCGACUCAAACAGAUGAUGCCCGAAGGCAACUAUGACAUCGUUGGCCACUCGUUCGGCGCCAUCGUCGGCAUCCAUAUGUGCCGCAAACACGUGCCAAUCAAAACGCUCCUCAUUCUGGACCCGUCGGACGCCGGCGUCAAAGACGACUGGAGUGCCGACGAGAGGUUUGAGAUGGUGUUCGUCUAUUUGCGCGCUUUUAUGCCCGAAAGGAUCCUUUUGCGCAUUCAGAAGGAGGUGAUGGAAAUCAAGGGAGAAAACGCCAGAAUCAAUAAACUAAUAGAGCUGUUGAAACAUUACGGCGGCAAACAUUUGAUGGGCAAAGACGUGGAUGAGAUCAUUAAGGGCUCCUUCGAGAGGGCGGAAAUGGUGGUCAAGUAUAGGAAGAAGAAUAUCGCCAAAAUGCAGACAUUGAAACACUCGCAGACCACCAAAAUGAUCAAACGUAAGAUCAAGAACAUCACCACCGAUGUCACGGUUGUCAAACUCUUGCGCAAAGAGGAGGAGUUCCAGCGGAUUCAGGACCGCAUUCUACACGACUUCGGCAUCAAACGAGAGGACUUUGAGGGCCGGUUUGAUGUGCACACCAUUCUGGGAUCGGAACAGGACUUCCUGUCCACACAUUUGGAUCGAGUGACAGAAAUAUGCAAAAACAAACAUUUGAAAAUCAAGAAAUCUGAUCCGGAGGUCGUGACCAUCGCCCGAACCUCGACUCCAUUGCCUAUACUUGUUAUACUUGAUGAGUCGUCGCCGCUCUUCGGACUCAAUCUCUUCGACACUCUUCUGACAAGACUUCGGAAUAUUAUUUCUGAGAGAUUCACUCAUUCCAUGGCCAGCACUCAGAUCGUGAAGAAUGUCAACCAUUACCUCGAG